UGUGAAUCAGUCUUAGUUUUGAAUGCUACGCGAUAAGAUGAAUCUAUUCAUGAACGGAAUUUUGCUGCUGCUUGCAGCUCUGCUCUUGCCACAUUCUGAGGCAGCCUUGGCACGAGGCAUCUUUAAGGACCCAGCGCAUCCAGGCAAAUGUGUGGUUAAACCGAAUCUUAUUUUGAGUUCUGGACAAUCUGCAAGAUACCCAGACAUGGAUUGUGCUCGCAUCAUGUGCGAACAGGACAGUCAUGCCACAAUAAGCACGUGUGGUGUUGAGGCUGCACCUCCUGGUUGUAGAAUGUCUCAACCGAAGUACCCCAAUGCAGAUUAUCCAAAAUGUUGUAAACGUAAUAUUGUUUGCGGCAAAUAAU